UCAAUCUACAUCGGACCUUAUUGUAGUAGAUAUUGCUCCGUUCGAGAUAAUUGUGUUGUCAGUAAAAAAAUGGAUAAAACUAUAAAGCGUGAGAAUCCAAACCCACGGAAAACAGCAAAUGUUUUUAAAAAAUUAUCAUUCUGGUGGCUAAAGCCGUUUUUUCUUUAUGGAAAAAAGAACGAUUUAGAGAGCAAGGAUUUAUACAACACUCUACCCCCUGAUCUCAGUGAACCACUUGGGGAUGUUUUAGAGAAAAAUUGGACAAUGGAAAUAGCCGCAGCACGUCGUACUGGAAGAAAACCUCGACUUUUCACUGCGAUCAGAAAAACAUUCAUGUUAUCGCACAUUUACUACGGCGGAUUGUUAUUUUCUCAUUCAAUGAUGUGUGUACUGCUGCCUUAUGUUCUCGGCCUUCUUAUCAGUUACUUUGCUCAUGAUUCAACAAUUACGACAGGCGAAGCAUAUGGGUAUGCGUCGCUAGUCGUAAUAAUAUCAAUUCUCAUGGCUUUGAUUGAUCAUCAUUCGAAUAUGGGACAAAUGGAGAUAGGAAUGCGCCUGCGAAUUGCAAGUUCUUCAUUAAUUUAUCGAAAGAUUCUGAAACUUUCCAGGAGUUCGGCGAACAAAACAGCGGGUGGUCAAAUAAUAAAUUUAUUAUCAAAUGAUGUGGGGAGGUUUGAUCAGGUAUUUAUAUUGCUUCACUAUUUGUGGAUAUCUCCUAUUCAGUUUAUAGUGAUAGCCUGUUUAAUCUGGCAAAAUGUGCAAAUGGCCACUCUGACUGGAAUUUUUCUCCUCGUGAUUCAAACGGUACCAGUACAAACAUAUUUGAGUAGAUUAACAGCCAAAUUGCGAGCUAAAGUGGCAGUACGUACUGACGAACGUGUCCGACUGAUGAGUGAGAUAAUAACUGCAGUUCAGGUUAUCAAAAUGUAUACAUGGGAGAAGCCCUUCCUACGAUUGGUCUCGUUCGCGAGGAAACAUGAGAUCGAUGUUCUUACUGUAAUGGCAUAUUGGAGGGGAACUAUACGAGCAUCUAUGGUCUUCACUGAACGUACAACAUUAUUUUUCACUGUGAUGACGUAUGUGCUUUUGGGAAAUACUAUAUCAGCUGCAAAAGUAUUCUCUAUGGCCCAGUAUUUCAAUCGUCUACAGGCUGGAGCGACUUGGUACAUCCCGACGGCUCUGACAUCUGCAUCAGAAGCGACAGUCACGAUAAAGCGACUGGAGAAUUUCUUACUACUCGAGGAUAAUAAACCGCAGACUGUUGAGCAAACAUCAACUGAAGCAGCUUCAAUAAAAAUUGAACAAGCCACUGCAUCUUGGGAUCGUGCCUCAAUAACAAAGACAUUGAAUAACAUAACUACAACGAUAAAAUCGGGCAAGUUGAUUGCAGUGGUGGGUCCCGUUGGUGCUGGGAAGAGCUCUCUGCUGCAAUUGAUUCUUGGAGAAUUGGAUUCAACUGCUGGACAGGUGGCAGUCGGUGGAUCGGUGUCGUAUGCUAGUCAAGAGCCUUGGCUAUUUACAGGAAGUGUGAGGAAUAAUAUACUCUUUGGACAGCCCUAUGAUGGGCUGAGAUAUCGUCAGGUGGUGCGGGCUUGUGCAUUAACCAGAGAUUUUAUACAACUUCCUCAAGGGGAUAAAACGUUAGUGGGUGAGCGUGGCACGUCACUCAGCGGAGGACAACGCGCAAGAGUCAAUCUCGCACGAGCAGUCUAUCGCAAAGCUGAUAUUUACCUUUUCGAUGAUCCUCUGUCGGCUGUCGAUGCACACGUGAGUAAAAGUUUGUUUGAUGAGUGUUUCAAAGAAUAUCUAGGUGACAAAACAAGGGUUCUAGUUACGCAUCAGGUGCAAUACCUCAAGGAUGUAGAUUUUAUUAUCAUGGUAAAUCAUGGAAGAAUUGAAAAGCAAGGGAGUUUCAAAAAUUUUUCACCCGAUGAUUUCAAACUAUUACACGCUGAUACCGAGGUGGAAAAAGAAGAGGAAUUAAUGGGAGAGAAUCGAAUGGUUAAUGGCCGAGGGCUUGCAAAUGCGGUCUCUCAAAUUUCUUACUCCUCGGGAGCUGAUAAGGAGGAAGAGGAUGAAGAACCUGAGGAGACGGAAGAACUUAUGGGCAAGGGAAAAAUUUCGAGAUCGUUGUUCGGAAGAUAUUUCGGAGCUAGUGGCAGUUAUUUUUUUCUGUCUAUGUUCGUUGUACUUUUAAUAGCCGGCCAAUUAGGCAGCAGUGGCUCGGAUUUUUGGGUUGCUUAUUGGACUAAUCAAAUAGAAUUGCAACACAAGACUGACAUCCUGCAAAAUUAUUCCUUGCAUAUUGAAAUUGCCAGAAUUUCUGAGGAUAGCAAUACGACUCGUAUUGAAAGUGAUUUUCCUCCUCCAAUAAAUUUAACACGCCCAGCUCCUCGAGAUGAAUCUUAUGAUAACAACAGAGCUCUUUGGAUUUAUGGAAUGUUCGUAAUGACGUGUACUAUUUGCACAACAUUGAGGAAUGUUGUGUUUUUCAAAAUUUGCAUGAGCGCAAGUAAAAAUCUUCACAAUCUCAUGCUUGAAUGUCUGCUGCAAGCUCCCAUGAAGUUUUUUGACAGUAAUCCUUCAGGACGUAUAGUCAACCGAUUUUCUAAGGACAUUGGAUGCGUGGAUGAACUUCUCCCCAUUGCCCUCAUAGAUUCCAUUCAAGUAUUUGCGGUGAUGGUAGGAAUAUUAUCUCAAGUGGUUAUUAUUAACUGGUGGACUAUAUUUCCGAUGGGUGUGAUGGGCUACUUCUAUUUGAAAAUAAGAUCAUUAUUCUUGGCCACGGCGCAGGACCUGAAACGACUGGAAGGAAUCACAAAGAGUCCAGUGUUCUCCCAUGUCAACGCAUCUCUGGCUGGAUUAGCGACCAUUCGAUCAGCUGGGGGCCAGGAAAUGUUGCGGAAGGAGUUUGAUAGCCACCAGGAUGUUCACACCAGUGCCAACUCGUUAUUGAUCUCAUCUAGUGCGGCCUUUGGGCUUUGGCUAGAUAUAGUGACCAUCGUCUUUGUUGCUUUCAUUACUUAUAGUUUCAUUAUUCUAAAAAAUGAUACAACAUCCGCUGGAAAUGUUGGCCUGGCGAUAUCACAAAUUUUGAUUCUAUGUGGUAUGCUUCAAUACGGAAUGCGCCAGACUGCAGAAAUGACAGCUCAAAUGACAUCAGUGGAGCGUGUGCUACAAUUCACUGAGUUGGAUAAGGAGGGGCCUUUCGACAGCCAAGCUAAUGCAAAGCCACCAGCCACUUGGCCUCAUCAAGGACAAAUUAAAUUUGAUCACGUGUAUUUCAAAUAUUCCGAAAAAGAUUCUCCUGUUUUGAAAGAUUUGAAUAUCAAUAUCGAGCCAGGCUUAAAGGUGGGAGUAGUGGGACGUACUGGAGCUGGUAAAUCUUCCCUCAUUGCUGCACUGUUCAACCUAGCACAACUUGAAGGAGCCAUUCACAUUGAUGAAGUUGAUACAAAGAAAAUCGGCCUGCACGACUUGAGAAAGAAAAUAUCCAUAAUACCGCAGGAACCAAUGUUGUUUUCAGCGACACUCCGUGAUAAUUUGGAUCCCUUCCACCAUUUCAAGGAUGAUCAACUCUGGGCUGCUCUGGAGGAUGUAGAGCUGAAGGGUUACAGUGAGUCUCUGGAUUAUUUAGUCACUCACGGGGGCGCCAAUUUCAGCGCUGGCCAGCGACAACUGCUCUGUCUCGCCCGGGCUAUCGUCAGGAAUAAUAAAAUAAUUGUAUUGGAUGAAGCAACUGCUAAUGUUGAUCCAGCGACCGAUGCCCUCAUACAACGAACAAUUCGCGAUAAAUUCAAAGACUGCACAGUUCUGACGAUAGCCCAUAGGCUCAAUACUGUUAUGGAUAGCGAUAGAAUACUCGUGAUGGAUCAUGGUCAAGCUGUGGAGUACGAUCUUCCUCAUAAACUUUUACAGAAGCAAGACGGGUAUCUGAAGAGGAUGGUUAAUGAAACUGGUACUACCAUGGCAGAUAGAUUAAAAAAAAUUGCUGAAGACGCUCAUACUCGUAAUGGUCCGAGUGAUGAUGAGACACCCAACACAUAGCUGGAUUCAUUUUAUUCUCAUUUGCACCCAAUGUAUUCAUGUGUAUUAUAAAAAAAAUACAAUAAAUAGACCUGAAAAAAGUGGCUA